AUGCAGCAACAAUUUGGUCCUACGUCGAGCUCUGUGGACGAUCUUGCCCAAACCCUACAUUCCCCCAGUGUUUCCCAGGGCCAACCGGGCCUUCCAGGUCCAGUGUCAGGUCAAGCUGCUGCACUGCAUCAUCAACCCGCCCCCACCGAAGCAAAGCGAUCCAAACGCAAUAAUAUAAUCAAGAAUAUAUCGUCUGCCUUUUCUUCGAGCCGAAACUCGGAUAACUCUCACCACCAGCACAAUCACUCCUACGACAACACCUCUAGUCUUGCUCGCCGACCCUCGAAGCGAGUGAGCAACCCCUUCCCGCCGACCAUCCGAACCGGUGCCUCGCAGGUGUCUCUCGAACAACUCGUACAGCACCCCGACUGGACGGCCCCGCAAAGCCAGAACACACAGCAAUCGCCAUUGCAAGGCGUAGGUGAAACUGACGAAUCCUGCGUGCACGACGGUCCUAACCAAGGACGACGCGCACAGAAACUCCAGAAAUCCCAGCCGCAGGAUCCACGACCCCGCCCCCACCAGAAUACCAUCCGACAGGUACCAACUGACAUUGACACUUCACCUUAUAGCCACGAAGACCUGGUUUACCAGCGACAACAAGCCCAGGCCCAGCACCAACAGGCCCACCUACAGCUCCAGGGACAUACCCAGGUCGAACAGCAACAACAGCAACAACUUUACGGCCAGGGGCAUUACCACCCAGGAAACCCACCUCAAUCAUACGUUGGUCACCUCGGCGCAAGCUCUCAACCACCCAACCCAGAGACAGUCUCGCAGCUGUCAUACGAGUCGCCAGUUACUGAUAACGAACAGCGCGCAGCCCAACCUCAGUCAGCCCAGACCCAAGCAUCUCCUGCAGUGAGUUACCCGCAUCAGGACGUGUCAACCACCCAACCCAGCCCACAGUCAGUCUCGCCGGCACCGUCUGCAUCGCAGCCCGCCAACAUGCCGCUGCCACCUGGAGGACCGGGUGCUUCACGUAGAUCGGCGGAGAAUGAGAAGGCACUGCGUGGCUCUAGCAACGUCGAUCCUCCCCCCGGCCCCCCGCCUGGCUACCGCCAUAGCCAGGCACCAUUGAAUAGCAUGAACCCCGUACCUGCCACUCCUGCAGGUGGUAACCAUAACCAGAACUACCGUGCCAGCAAUGUACCGGAGAGGGCAGGAUUCGAUGGUUCGGCAGAAGCCGGUGGCCGUAACAGUCCGCAGCCCUCGACCGGAGACCGCGAGGCAGAACCAGACAAGCAGUUUAAAGAUCUAUUAACCAAGUAUAAGAAUGUCAAGAGACUCUAUUUCGACGGCAAGACUCAGAUCGAGCAACUCUCUACCCAAGUAGAACAGCUCCAGAAUGCCGUAGCAAACCAGCGCAUAUCCCAAUCACGCACAGCUUUAGAUGACAGUGAGUAUACGACCAGGUUCAAUCGACUGAAUGGCGCUAUCAACAACCUGUCGUUCAAUAUCCGUAAGGAUUGGCGAACAUUACCUGCCUGGAUCGACAGAUAUGUCAGUACAGAGGCGCUCAAGACGGGCAAGCAGGAAAUGACAGCAGUGGGACGAGCUAUCAUUAUUCGGUGGGUGGUAGACGAAAUAUUCAACAGGUGCUUCCACCCGGGUUUGGACAUGGACCUAAGCCGGCAACUCAAGGAGAUUGAGCAAAACAUCCGGCGGUUCUCAUAUACCAUGAGCAGCCAAGAAGAGUAUGAUGCAUUGACGUCCAAGGUUGUGUCGUGGCGGAUGGCCACACUGGAAGGUCUCCAGCGCUCAUUGCAGUCUCCAGAGAGUGCAAUGCACCGGGCCGAUUUCACAACCAUGGCGGCUAGCAACCUCACGGCCCAUCUCUAUCAGCACCUAACGGACCCGCCGCCUGCUGGUGUAGACGGAAGCGUGGCCAUGAUUGUAGAGCUUGCGGUGGGAAUCGCUGCCAACCUGCCUCUAGAGAGUCGUGACGUUGCUGUCGUAUAUCCCCUGCCCGGUGAUCUGAUACGAAGCGAGAUCAUGGAGCCCGAGAAGGCAGGUCUGCCCCCGCUGCCGGAACCCGACGAAGCCGAGGAUAGUGGCAAAGACGGUGAUAAGACAUCUCAACGAGAAAAGGCCAAGAGCGGUAUGUUGCACAUGCUAAACGGCGCGCCACUGUCCAGCAGCAGAAAAGGCAGCGUGGUUUCGAAUACUGACGCGACGGACUCGACAGCACCGCCUCCCCGGGAUGCCAGCCGGGUUCGCUUUGCGGGCUUCAUUGCAGUUGAGGUUAGAGGACGACAGAUUCUCGUCAAGGCACCUGUAUGGAGCUUGGGUUGA